UCCUGUCUGGUACAUUAGUGAUGCCAAGCCUUGGAAAUCAUGUGACAUUUACUGCAAAACGAGCAUUCAAGUAUUAGAAGGGGAAAGUCGAGAUUGCGCAGAAAUGUGCUCGUAUAGAUACGAACUGGAUGACUGUAGUUGAUAUUUGUAUCUCAUAUACUUCGUACAUUGAAGUGAAGGUGUGCUAUAAAAAGGGGCGGGUGAGACCGACUGUCACAACGAAGAAAUUCUUGAGCAGAUCAGCGUCUUCGCUUUCCUCCCCCGGUCUGGCUGGCCUUCUCGACUCUUUCUCCAACCUUCUUUCUUCUCUUCGCUUCUCUCUUCGUGUUUUCUCUUCUUCGUCUCGUGUCCUUUUUUCGCUAAUAGUCAUUGUAUUAUCUUCUUUUCGUCGUUCACUCGUUUACUUUCCGAGAGCCGCCUCUCCGUCGGGUGUGAUCCCUGGCUCUCAUCGCCCACUUCCCUCUCUUCCCUCCUUAAUCGUCAUCAACCGAUUCUCGCCUCAUCCGCCAUCUCAAUCCGACUAUAGCGCUUCCGAUUCGACGCGAUCGUCUCGAGAUUCUGCGAUAAACGACUCCCCGCGAUACGUAUCGUACAUUCCGGUCAGGGUCUCCCCCCGCUGACUUCCGUAUUCGUUUGGCCGGAUCAAGGGUGUCUAUUUGUGGCAUCGAGACUUCGACCUUUUAAUCGACGCAUACCAUCGAGUACCGUGGAUUAAGGGAUAGAAACGCCCCGAAUCGAUUGACCCGAUAGGCAAGGUGUCGAAUUCGGUCUAGAAAAAGGACAAUAUGCUUCUCCCCAAAGGUGGUGUAACAUGGAAGUCGGCCAAGGCCAGGUUGCCUCCAUGGAGAGCGAUUCUGGUGCUGGUAACAAGGACUCGCUUUCUGGUGUCUGUCGCUAUUGCGGGCUUGCUGAUUCUGUUAUGGAGUGGGAUCAGUAAGUCUGCAUCUGAGAUGCAGAGGUAGGCUUUA